GACUCUCGCUGCCCGCCUUUGACGUGUUGGGUUCUUCUUUUCCCACAGUUGACCAUCAUGGUGAAGUGGAGUGAGAGUGUAGGUAACACCCCUCUCCACUAUCAGCUUGGCAGUAUCGAAAUGGCAUCGCAAGUUCCAAAGGCGGGAGCCGACCAAGGCAGAGGAAGAUCACCACCAGUGAACUUGGACAUCCCACAGUCAGAUGAAGACCGGUUAAAGCUUCUGACAUCCAAGUGCUAUGAUGAUGGUAUUCUCCCUGAGAAAUUCCGACAUGGGGAGUGGAUUAUCGAGGAAGGAGUACGCACUUUCGUGGUCAACCCAAGACUGGAUGAGCUGACUACAAACUGGCUGAAAGAACGGACCGUCACCAUCAUCUUCCAAGGAGCGGCUCGGGAUUUGCCGAUGGGGGUUCGCGAAGACUUGGGAGCCGGUCCUGCAUCUGGGAAAGCAGUAGAACAUGUGGCAAUUGUGGACGACUUGGCAGCAGAUGCGGUGACAGCAGCUGAUGAGGCAGCAGACGAUGACAUAGCAGCAAAUGGAUUGGCAGCAGAUGACGUGGCAGCAGGCGACGUAGCAAAUGGCUUGGUAGCAAAUGGACUGCCAGAAGAUGACGUAGCAGAAGAUGACGUCGCAGCAGAUGACAUAGCAGCAAAUGGCUUGGCAGCAAAUGGUACCGGUAGACUGCUGGCUUUUAACGACCGUCCGGUAGGGGCAUCCCGCAAAUUUGGGACCCUACCGGUACGAAAAGAUUUGAGGCCCAAACGACACCGGGGUCUUAUGGAAAAUUUGUACCCUGCUCAGUGGGGCGCGACAGGGUAAAUCAGCCGGUGGAGGGGCGCGGCGCAAAAUAAUGCAAAUUACAGGGGCGCCAGACAAAUU